CCUGUAACUUGAUGCAGACACAAUGGCAUUGAUUGGUCCUCUUCUGAUCAUCACUACCCGCCAUCUCCGCUCCUGUUACUGUCUCCCCACACUGUUCGAUCUAGUGUCCCCUAAUGAAGAGGUCCAAAGUGGUCUUCCUCUCUUCAAAGUGAUGCCUCGUUCUUUCUUAGUGAAGCGCGGAGGGCUGCACCACCUUCGUCAAAUAGCAAGAAGCCCUAGCCCUGGAUCGACCCCUAUGACAUUCAGCCAGAUAGGAACAAAAUCUGAGUCCUGGUAUACAUCACUGUGGGACUCCACAGCUGAAAAAACAGAUAAAAACAGCAAAGAGCCCAUUGCAUUCUUUCAGCAGGAUCUUCAAGCUGCACCAGAAGGUAAACACCAGAGUGGAGACUACACACCUGGUGAGCCCUGCAGUCCGGUCAACUCAAGUACCUUGAGCACAGCAGAGCAAGAAGAUUUUCACCCUCCCAGACCAGCCGUAUGCUCCAGGAAUGGGAACUCAAUAUAUCCAGAUAAACCUUCUUUGGGACUAGGAGACUGGGGUCAGCAGCCAACAAUCCUGAGGGAUGCCAGGAGGCAAGAGUGUCCACUUUGCAGCAAAAUAUUUUCAUGUCUGUCAAGUCUAAAGUCUCAUAUAUGCAGGAGUCAUAGAAGCAGAUCACCUCCGUCACCAGCACACAUCAAGUCCAGCAGGACAGACAGUAAGAGCUCAUCCUACAGAAGCAACAAGGAGAGGACGUUUGGCUGUGCAGAGUGUGGAAAAGUGUUCAAGCGCUCCUCCACCCUCUCCACCCACCUGCUCAUACACUCAGACACCCGGCCGUACCCCUGCCAGUUCUGCGGGAAGAGCUUCCACCAGAAGUCUGACAUGAAGAAACACACCUUCAUACACACUGGGGAGAAGCCCCACGUGUGUCAGAUAUGUGGGAAGGCCUUCAGCCAGAGCUCCAACCUCAUCACUCACAGUCGCAAACACAGGGAUGAGCGGCCCUACCGCUGUCCUCACUGCCUCUAUGGCUUUCAGCUCAAAGUGGAACUGCGGCAGCACCAGGAGCACCACUGCAGCUACCGCUCACUCUGACACAGCCAAGUCGACAUCUGCCUUUGCCGAUAACCAGCUGAAACAUGAACUGCACAGGAGGCUCUGACUGUGUUAUCAGUGAAAAGUGAUAAUCAUGAACCCAUGAGUAAAGUAGCUUGUACUAAGGACUGAACUGCCUUUCUUGACCAUCCUCACACAGCAGACGUUUUCCCAUGACAUCAUCUUUGGAGGUGGGUAUACAAUAUUCCAAGUUGUAAGAUUUAUAAAUCAAGGACAUACUGUCUCAAUAUACAUUUUUAUAACUUCUUUACUUAUAAAAAAUGUAAUACAGGUGAAGACAAAUAAGAAUGUUGUGAAGAAGUUAAAUAAUUUUCAUCAGCUAAUGCAGAAAGUUAUUUGUUUUAAAGGAGCCCAAACCAAGUAUUGAGUGCACAACAGUACUCUAUCAUCUUGAAAAGUAUUAAAAGUAAUUAAAUCAG